AUUGAGUGUUAUUUUUUUUUUCUACGAUUUUAGAUGCUGAAACAAAAAAAGAUUGCAACUUGAUGGCUUAAAAUUGCUGUAUUACGUAAUCUCUGCGAGGUGUUUGUAUCUUAAUUAUUUACAUUUUCACGCUUGCUACAUAAGGGCGUCUUCGUUAGAAAGAGACGACAGCAGUGCAUUUCCUAUUUAACGGCGUUGCCGUAUAAUUUAAUUAAAUUACAACUACAAAAAAAAAUGCCGCGAAUAAUACCGUUGCAAUUGCUGAAGUGCCUUCGGGUGCUUUUGGACAACAAUGGUGGCAUACUCAGCACAACGGAAGUAAAACGCAUAGAGGGGUUGAUGACGAAAUAUUCCAAAAAGUUGGUGUCCAAAUGCGUAUAUGUUCAGAUAUUAAAGUCGACGAAAACCGAGUUGUUGGGUGACUUUAUGACGGUCGGUGGUUGGGGUCUGGUGUGUACUUGGCUUAGUGAUGGCAUACGCACUAUGAACUGGCCUUUGGUGCAGGAAAUUUUGGAACUUUUACUGCUCUCACCGGUUGAUGUGAAUAGACUAAAAAUCAAUUCGGCGCCCGUUUUGGUCAAAGGACUUUGCAAGGAUGGCGGCAAUGAAGGUGUGCGUAUUCUGGCUAAAAGACUGGUCGAACAAUGGCUAAAGAUCGUUACGGAAAAUCCAAACGGCGCAGCUGCUGCAAAUUCGACAGUGGGCGGAGCCGCAACCGGGGAAUCCCCGACAACAAAGGAUUCUCCAUCGGGACAAGCGGGAAGGGCUUCACCUGGCAGUUUGGACUCUGUUACAAACGCCAAUAUGGAACAGAAUUCGUCGGACAGCACGGACAGCGGUGAAGCAUCCGUUUCCAAUACACAAAACUACACAAUAACGACGAUGGGAGAACGCAAAAGCAAAAUAGUUCUAAAAAUCAAAACAGUUGACAAAUCUGCUGCAUCAUCAGUAGAUAGUCUAUAUAAUGAUGACGAUAGUUCCUUGCCACGAACUCCUGACUCGGGCGCUGCUGAGUGUCGAGGAGGCGGGGCAGGGGCUGAUACAAAUACCAAUACCAGUAUAGAAAGUUGUGAGAGAUCCAUGUUAGAUGAUAGUUGUAGUACAACCGAAUCAAAGGCCGGGGAGGAUGCUGACAAGAAGCACAAAACUGCACGUGACAAGAACAAGAAAACUGAGGUGAAAACAGAUCGUGAUAAGGAUAGAAAAUCAUCAUCAUCGGCGACUAGCAGUAGUCACAGAUCAUCAUCUAGCCAUAAGUCUUCUUCUUCGUCAACAUCCUCCUCGUCCAAGAGCUCAUCAAAGAGUUCGUCACAUCGUAGCUCCUCUUCGAGUGACAAAUAUCGUGAUAAAGACAAAGACAAGUCACGCUCAAGUUCAAGCUCUAACUCUAACAAAGAUAAGGAACGAGGAGGAUCUUCCUCCUCAUCAUCAUCAUCAACUAAGCACAAGUCUUCAAAAUCGUCCUCCUCUUCCUCGUCGUCAUCGUCAUCCUCCUCCUCCACUAGCUCCUCCAAAGAUCGCAGUCGCGAUAAAGACAAGGAGAAAUCCUCGUUGGUUAACUCUAAGAAAGAGCACGAUAAAGAUAAUAAGCUAAUGCCACCACCAACUGCAUCAGCAGCAGCUGCCCUCGUAUCUGAUAAGAAGAAGGAUGGCGAUGUCGAUAUUCAGAAGCCCAAAUCAAUACCCAUACUAUCUAGAAAGGCAUCAAUUUCAAUUGAAAUACGCCGUGAUACUGAAAAGAAUGCUACCGUAAAGACGUAUCAAUCUAAAUUUCGCUCCCAUGGUCUGACGGAAGAGGCGCCUCCGCCGCCAUCCCGCAAGGGUCUAAAGAAGCCAACGACGACGGCGGCGACGACGACACCAUCCACAUCAUCAUCCUCCACAGUUUCCACAACACCAUCAUCGAUGCUACCGUCUAUACCAACACUGAAGCGUUCAUCGCCACCGCCGCCAAGGGACAGUCCGGCGGAGAAGAAGGCCAAGAUUGACAUUAACAAUGUGAGCGGACAUGUGGAGAGACCUGGAGCUGCCAAAUUGAUAGCGCCCAAAAAGAUUUGUACUUUGGUCGAGACGAACCUAUUCUCGGAUGCGCUGGCGGCGUCCAUUGAACCCAAGAAGGUUGUGAAGCGCAAGAAGCUGAAUGCGGCGAUGUCGCCAACGGAGAAGGAUGCACCGCUGGCGCCAUUGAAGUUCUACCAGGACACAUUGGAUGAGUCGAAGGGCGAGGAUAAAUCCGAUGAUAGCACCAAGGAGAACGACGAGAGCCGAACGGGAUCCGAUGCGGACGAUGAUGAUAUACCAUUAAAGAAGGUCAAGGAGGACAUUGAGCAGCAGGUGCAAAAGGAAAAGGACAAUCCGGAUGGAGAUGCAAGUGCCGAUGAUGCUGAUGACACGCCGGAGGAGCCCAAGAAACCGGGACCUGGCUGUGGACCCAAUGGACCACCCGGCGUAUUAAUGCUGCACCGUCGCAAGGGACCCAAGAAGAAGCUGACAUGGCAACCGGAGGAUAAGCUUACCCAGAUCCGUUACUUUGAGGUGGAUCACUCGGAGCGUGUGAAUGUGACUAAGCAGAGUUUCCUCGAAAUGAAGAACAUGGAGCGUUACAGUGAACGCGACGCUUUAAAUAUAGCCAGGCGAGGAUUUGAUGAUAACAUGGAGCCGCAAACGGAGUGGCGAACCCCCAGCGAGGUGGACAAUGUGCCGGAUCAUCCCAAUGGGAAUCUGUCGAAACAACGCUUGGUCCAAGCGGAACGGGAAGCAACCACACUGCGUGCUCUCUACUUCUCGCCGGACAUGAUUCCGGAUAGCGCUGCCGAGGCGGAACUGGAGCCACAUUUCUCGCAUGAUAUACCCAUUAUACCCAUUGAUGAUCUCACCGGCAAUCCGGAUGCUGUCAAUGACUAUAGCGCCUUGCCGUGGCCGGAGCCAAAAGGAUUUGGUGGCAGCAGCAGCAGCAGUUCGGAAAUGGGUUUCACCGAUAGCUUGAAUAACCUGAAUGCCGGCAUGAAUCCCAAUCUGAUGCCCGCCAAUCCCUUCCAGCCGUUUGCCAACAGUUUUAUGCCCAAUCCAAGUCCCAAUCAACCGAUGCCGAUGAAUAUGCCGCCGAAUGGUCCUCCUCCACCAAUUUGGCAACAGCCCAUGAUGAAUAAUAUGAAUGGACCGGGUCCGGGUCCGGGACCAGGCAUGGAUAUGAGCAUGCCGCCCAAUUUCAUGGGACCUCCCGGACCAUUUGGCAGUCCUGGUCAUGGACCUGGUCCAUUUGGACCACCGCCGCCGGGCUUUAAUAACAUGAACUUUCCGCCCAUGAUGAUGAACGGACCGGGACCCAAUGGUCCCAUGAUGAACGGACCAAUGCCCAAUGGCAUGGGCAUGGGACCAAUGACAAAUGGUGGACCACGCAAUAAUAUUAAUAAUCGCAAGAAUAACGGAGGCGGCGGCAACUGGCGAAGCGGUGGCAACAACUUCCAGGAUAACUCCGGUGGCAAUUGGCGCUCAGCGGGCUCUGGCUCCAAUCGUGGCGGGGGCGGUGGUGGUGGAAACAACAACACCGGUAUUUGCAAGCAAUUUAUGCGAGGACACUGUCACAUGGGAAAGGCGUGCAAAUACGUGCAUCCACAGAAGAAGAGAAUGUAGGAUUCACCCGAAUCUUCUGAGGAAGAUUCAAAUGUAUAAGAUCUCAUCAUAGCACCCAACCUCAUUCAUGUAUAUUCACAAAACAUUGAAAUCUCUGCGAUAUAUGGAAUGUGUGACCCAAUUCAAAAGGGUCACGCCCCCAAAUUGCCCCUACCCCCAAGCCAAUGAAGACUGUAGCCUGGACGCCGAGUGUAUGUUAUUGGCAUCCCAAAAGGCGCCUAAGAUUUAUUUUUAUCAUGUAUAUAUAUAUUUAUAAAUAAUUAGCUAUUAAUGUUGUUCAGUUAGAUGUACUUACAUAUAUCGUACAUAGAUAUAAUGUAUAAACGUAGAAAAUCGUUUUGAACUUUAUACACUUGAUUUAAAUAUUCUUAGAUUAUAAGUAAAUAAAAUAAAUAGUAACGACCAAGUCAAAUGAAAAAAAAUACGAUUCGAUUACUUUUUACAUUUCACUUUUAUCGUUAAAGCGAACUAUCGAUCGCCACUAAUCGAUUGCCGUCAUCAAAAUUGAAUAACGUCUUAAAUGUACUAGGCGAAAUACCAGGCGAACACCGUCCACAGCAGGUGCAUACGAAAUCCCGCUUUAAAUUUGAAUAUUCAUGUAAUGCCGCAAUGUACAUACAUAUACAUGUGUGUAAUGAGCAAAACAGCAGUUAUGAUCCAAAGAGAGCAAGCUAGAGAGAGCAUUGUACACAUGGAGCAUUGUUGCCACACUUGUCGUUUUUACGCCAAAACUGUUUUUUUUUCUGUUGGCGGAAUGACACAUAUUUUUAUUGGAAUUAGCUCAUUUUGGUUUUAAAGAAAAAAAUUAUUUGGAAUGUAAUUAAGGUCUAGAUAUUUUGGGUACCAACAGUAAAAGUUACGUAAACCAAUAAAAAAAUGUGUGUUUGUUUACU